CUGAUGAUUCUGAUUGGCUCCCCGGCUCCCGUUGACGGGUGGAGAGCCAAGAUGGCUGUGGCGGAGGUGCAGCAGCUUCAAAGCCGCCUCGAUGCCUUGGAGGAGCGGAUGUUCGGGGCCCCCGCAGGAGCCGCGUCUGCGGGGGGCACCCGGAAGAUAGCAGAUGGCUUAGGCAAAGUUCAAGGUGCCUUGGGAAACAUUGCAAGCAAAAGGGAGAGAGUUAAAAUUCUUUUCAAAAAAAUUGAAGACAUCCUAAAAUACCUGGAUCCUCAGUACAUUGAUCGAAUGGCUGUGCCAGAUGCCAUGAAGCUACAGUUCAUCUUGGCAGAAGAACAAUCCAUCGUGGCCCAAGCAGCACUUCUGGAACAGGUGAAGAGCCUGCAGCCCUAUUUAGACAGCGCACAUAUCAAAGCUUCUUCUGAUCAUGCCACCAAGCUCCAGCGACUUUCACAAAUACACCUUCAGCAGCAGGAUCAGUGUGAAGCUGUGACAGAGAACGUCCGGUUACUUCUAGACGAUUACAACAAAAUGACCCUCCUCCUUUCCAAACAGUUUAUCCAAUGGGAUGAGAUGCUGACUCAGCUGGAAGCCGCAAAGCAGGUGAAGCCCACACCGGAGUGAAGACCAGGCCUCGGAGUCAUUCCGUCGGACUUCGGCCAAUCUCCUGCUUUAGAUCCCAAAUCUCCAUAUUAAUAGCAGUUGCCUAGGCCAGGGGUAGGCAACCUUGGCUCUUUUAUGACUUGUGGACUUCAACUCCCAGAAUUCCUCAGUCAGAAUGGCUCAGCUUGGAAACUUCUCCCUUUCCCCUCAGCAUGGGUGGCUCAGGAAUUCUGGGAGUUGAAGUCCACGAGUCAUAAAAGAGCCAAGGUUGCCUGUCCCUGGCUUAGGAACUGGUAGCACUGUUGAGCUUCAUUUGCUAGUGUAGUGCCUGGGGUGGCCAAUCAGGGGUGUCCAAUCUUGUCAACAUGCUGCCUGGGGAAUUCUGGGAGUUGAAGUCCACAAGUCCUAAAGUUGCCCAGGUUGGACACCCCUGGUGGCUUCAAUCUGGAAGCUACCCCCUGACCUUAUGGGUCUAAAUAAUCUCUAGAUCAUCUUUUAAGGUUACUGUUUAAUUUAUUUUCAGUCUUCAUUCAGCCAAUUCGUAGGGAAAUGCAUGACUUGUCAAAAUACCUGUACUUGUGGACCAUAAUAAUAAUAAUAAAAUCCUCAUGAAUCCUCAA